UCCAAACCUGUGUCUUCUGUGCGUCCAAUUUCAAAAUGACAAGAAAAUGGGGACAAGAGAUGCAAAUUUUGACAAAACAUGGUACUAUUUCAUCGAUUUAAUUCGCGCUUGGGAAUCGCUGCCAACUAUACGCGACGAUCGCGAGCUACACGAUUAAAACAAAGACGAAGGUUUUGAAAUUCUUUCUCACAUACAUGACGAUUGAUGCCACCAGAAAGCUCAGCGACACAUUUCCCGUACACUUGAAUCUAAAGAAUCAAAACAAGGAAAAAAAUGACUCGAUCAGUAACGUUUCAUGCAACACUGUAGACAAUCGACCAUGCGUACAGCUACUGGACACUCGUGUAACAUUUGCGAAAAUAUCGUUGCCAUGCGUACAGUUUUUUUCUUACUCGUGUUAAUUGUACCAGUCAUUCUUUGCAAUCUGAUUCUUGUGAUUAAAAUGAACUUAACCUACGUUUUAAUGCUAACUAAAACUCACUACGUGUCCAAUCUUUCUGUCCCAUCAACAUUUGUUUCUGUCGCGACAGAAAGAUGAGC